GGGUAGCGCAAAUGAGGAACUAAACGACAACUAGCGUAAAAUAUGUAACAAUCAGUCACCGCGCUCCAACAAUGCCGGAACCCAGUCCAAUGAAACGACGCGAGGUUCAUGUGACAUAAUAUGAGGCAAAGGCAUACAAAAUCUAUCAAAUCACUUGUUAGACAAGAGAGCCUCGACUUAUUAAGCUUCAUGCCCGGACGUUUUAACGAGGCUGCCUAUGUUUGGCGACGUCUAAAUGUGUAUUAGAAUGUAGAUGUGGGGAAGGCGUAUGGCGCGCACGCAGCUUGGACUCGAGCGCCCCCUGCUUUUGGUCUCACUCGCUCUGCGCUUGCUGCGCUUGGAGGCUGCUGCAGGUAAUGUCAAACAUGUUUUACAGUCAGCAAGUGUGAGCGGCGAGGCCUGGCGAGGCGUGGCAAGGCGUGGGUGUAUUGCCGAGGUUGAUACCGCUGCGUUUCUGACCGCUAUCGCUGCAGGAUGUGCACAUCUUACCAACGAAACUCUGGCGUUGCUCGCCGUUUGCUCACUUUUGACAAUUGGCCCGCAUCUAGCGCACUUGCUUGCUCUGAGCAAAACUGCACCAGCUAGGGGUGUCAUGCAAGCGACAGGCGAUACUUGGAUGCAUUGUUUGGGAAAGUUGGUGGUGCCAUUAGCGCUGUGUGGGCAUGUUUUCGAGUCGCUCAGCGGUGCCCCAACCGAGGCACUGCCGCAUGGGCGUCUGUGCGUGAUGCUGCUCAUCGUUUCAGUUGCAGUGCAACAGGAGUCGUUCCUCGCGACGCUGCCGCAGCUGGGCCUGGCGCUGUGCCUCGACUUCCUGGGCUUCGCGGCCUGCUGGCUCACCGGCCGCUACAGCGCCCCGCAGCAGGUGCUGGUGCACCUGCUCUCCAGCGUGGUGGCGGCUGUAGCAGUCCUGUGCCUGCAGCCGCUAUUCAGCGGCCUGCUACAGCUGCAGACGUCGGGCACGGGCGCGGGAGCCGCUGGAGCAGGCGCACGCGGAGCAGCACGGGGCGCGGACACAGCGGUGGUGUCCGCCGGCCAAUCGGUGACAGUAGCAACUUCAGGGCUGCACGCGGCGGCGUCAUACCCGCAUGCCGCCGGCGCGGCGGCCGGCGACGGCGACGAGCAGCAAUCAGGCGCAGCCCUUGCGGCGGAGGCGGACUGUCGCGCGAAGCCAACGGCGGCAUACGAUGGGCGGACGGAGGGGGACCAGGAGCAGCACCACCGGGGAAGUGUGCCCGGCACGCCUGCCGCCUGGGCCCACACCGACAACGGGGUUGCGGGCGACCCCAAUUCCGGGUCGUCGUCAGGGACGACGGCGCCGACGAGCGCCCUGUCUUGGCUGCAUGACCCAGCGGUGUUGGACCGGCCGCUUCUAGGCCCGCCGCCUGGCAUUGUGCAGUGCCCGGAGCGGUCGCUGCUGCCCGUGUACCGGCGAAAGGUGUUCAUCGAGCGCACCGCCUCAGCGCUGGUCCUGCUACACGGCGCCCUCUGGGGCAUUGCGGGCACCGGCGGCAUGGCCGCGCUGCACCUGCGCCACCGCCACAACCAGCACACCCAACACCAUUCCACGUCACCGUCGGUGUCGGCAACGACUGGCGGGGUGGGGCCAGCCAGGGUCGCUAGCCUUGGGCAGGGUGCGGCGACUCCGCUGCUACACGCACAGGCUGCGGCCGCCGGCACGCUGGCGGCUGCGACCGCCGCCAGCCUGCUACUGCUCAAUGGGCUGAUGGCGCUAUUGCCAGGGCGGCUGUACGACGACCAUGCUACUGCCAUUAAUGCCGUAGUCACGGGGCUGCACGCAGCCGCACAGCUGGCGCAGCUGCUGGCGGCGCCGCCGGCGUCGCGGAGUCGCGCCAUGCUAGUCCGCAUGAUGACGCUUCUGGGGGCAAAUCUGUUGGGAAAUGAAGAACCCUGGGUUCCAUUCUGUGUGGAGCUGGCGGCGCUCCUGGGCGCGGCAGCGGUGCUGGACUCGGCGCUUCAGUGGGGCAACGGAGCGAAUGCAGGGCACGGAGUGGGAGCGGCCGCCAUUGGCCGCGGAGGCAUCGUUAGAGCAGGGCCGGCGACGGAAGCAGCCCUGGCAGCAGCAGCAUUGGCGGGUAGAGCGGCGGCAGUGGUUGUGCCAAGCACCCUAGUCGGCGCCACGGCUGCUCUGCCGCACUGGCUGCAGCCGGGAGCUGUGGCGGCGGUGGCCAGUGGCACCCUGAACGGCAGCGGUACCGCGGCGGCGCUGUCCGUCGGCGGCGCCCUGGUUGGCGUCACCGCCGCCGGCUUGGCUGCCGGCGGCGCCGCCGCAACAGCCGCCUCGACGGCGACUGCUGCUGGCAGCGCCGCCGGUUCAGCAGGUGCCAGCUUUAUGCCCUUUAUGUGCUACCUGGCGGUGGGCGCUGCCGUACUCGUGCUGUACGGCGCCCUUCGUACGGGCAAGUACGUCACCAUGUACCGCCUGUACCGGCGGCUGUACCUGCCGGCGCCGUACGCAGCCCACAUCACGCUGCCGGUGCCGCCAGCGGAGGCGGCGCUACUGCGGCUUGUUUGUCAGUCGGCGCCCGCUGCAGCCAUCCUGGGCGCCGACUUUUCUGGUUCUGUGGCAUCAGUUGCUGUCGCUGCACCCGCGGCAACGGCACCGGCUGGGAGCAGCGCGGGGAAUGCCAACGCGGCGGACAGCGGCAGCACGCGAGGCUAUUUGGAAGGCACCAUGUUUGGGAGCAGCCACCGCCGCAGCGUCAGCCUCAGCAACAUGCUGACUGUCGGCCGUCUGUCCACAUUGCCGGCCGCCAGCGGCAGCACCGGCCCCGCCAGCGGCAGCGGUCACCUCGCCUGGGCAGCGGCACUUACGGCGGCAGCUGCUGCCGCCGCGGCGGCACGACCUGCUGCAACCACAGGCACAGGCGCCCAGGGCCAUUCAUCCGUGGCUGGAGGAGGCGGAGCAGAGACCGCGUCAAUGCCAAAUUUGGGCUUAAAAAGGUCUAUGCACGGAUCAGGAGCGGCGUUUGACGCUGCAUGCUUGGCGGCCGCUUUGCUGACUUCACCAAUGCCGCCUGCCGACGGUGGGCCAGGCGGGCAGGGUGCAGAGGCGGGCAUUGCCAGCCCCUUUACCUCGUUGGCCGACUUGUCAAGCCUGCAUGCCGGCGAGCAGCAGCACCACCACCAGCAGUUGAUGUCGCCAUUGCGUAGCUCCAUGCAGCUGCCGCGCGCGCAGCCCCCACAGUACCGCGCAAGUGUCGGCGGCACGCCUGGUGCGCCCGCCGCCACCACAGCCGCCUUCGCGUCCGUCGCCGCCGGCGCGCUGCUCCUCCCGGGUCGGAACACGCGCUCAAGCGGAUCCGUGACGCAGCAUGACGCGCGCACGGGCCCGAUCACGGUGCCAAGGGGUUCCAGCUUGACUGAUCCAGCGGCGCCGGUGGCGCAGCCGCAAGCGACGGCAGCAGAGAUCCCGGCAUCGCCGCAGGGCGGCGGCGCCGGUAUGAGCCUGGGCGGCGGCGCGGUGGCGGGCUCGCCGCUGCUGGCGGGCGCGGGCGCGUUUGAUGGCGUGGAUGAGGCGGACUUCAUCAGCGGCAAGGUGUCGUUCACCGAGAUGGUCAACCAAAUGGCGCGGGUGCACCAGUUCACAGCGCAGGUCGGCAGCGCCGAAGCGAUGGCAGCUGCUGCCGCCACGGCGACAGCAGCGGCCGGCGGCGGCGGUGUCACCGGUGCCCCUGCAGCCAACAGCGCCGUUAUCCUGGCAAGGGAGUUGGACCGCCUCAUGUCCGUGCUCGGCAGCAACGGCACCAGCAGCGGCGCCAACACCGCCACACUGCCGGGAGCCGGCGGCACGCCCGGAGGGGGCGGUGGCGGCGGCGGUGGCGGCGGCAGCACUACCGUGCCACGGCUACCGCCGUCACGCAGCCCGUCUGACAUCAGCAACAUGUACCGCCACAGCAGUCCGGCAGCCUCAACCCAGCUGUCGUACAACACGCGCGCGACGGCGCCGGCGACGGGUGGGGUGUCCGGCGAGGCGGGGCAGUGGGCGGCGGGCUCGACGGCCGGCACAGCAGGUGGCGCUGCCGCUGAUGGCGCCGGUGUGGCCGGCUCAGUCGGAGAGGGCGGCGGCGGUUGUGGUGGAGAAGGCGGCGGCGGCGGCGGCGGCAGAUCCUUCCUUGCUUCCGUUGCUGCGUCCAUGCUUACUGAGGAGCAAGAUCACCGCGAGCAUGAUCAGCAACAACAGCAGCAAAGCCAGCAGCAACACCAGCAGCAGGGUAAGAGCGAGGAUGACGGCGCGGCGGCUGUAUCGCCGCCGCCGCGGGAUGGCGCACAGGGCCCCCCGGCGCCGGCCGGCCCCAGCAGCCCGCAGCACGUCGUCCGCCUCCGCACCGCGCCCGCCCGCGCCACAUCCGACCUGCCCGCCAUCUGGCAGCAGCAGCAGCGCGUGAUGCCGCUGCAGCAACAGCAGAUGGCGAUGGCUGCAGCUGCUGCCGUACAGCAACAGCAACAGCAGAGUCAUCAGCAGAACCGGAUGGGAUCGCCUGGCAUGCCGGUGGGUUCGCACCGCCUGCCUCGCCGCAGCCCUAGCGAUGUGUCGUACCUCCAUCGUGCCGCGACUGCCGGCGCCGGCGUCGGGCGGUACGGCUGGCUCCCCGGCGCCGGUACGAACGAUCUGAACCUGCAGCAGCAGUACACGCUACAGCAGCAGCAACAGCAGUACGCGGCCAUGCAGUACGAGGUGAUGAUGCAGCAGCAGCGGCAGCACAUGGCGGCGGCGGCGCUGGUGGCGGCCGGCGGCCGCGCGCCGGUGGUGCCGCCCAGCGGCGGCGGCAGCAGGCGGCGAGGGCCGCCGUCGCGGGGCGCCUCACGACAGUCCUCUACAAUGGAUAGCACCGCGCUGGCACUGCUAGGCCAGAACCUGAUAAUGCUUGGCGGCAGCAGCGGCGGCCGCAACGCCCUCCACCACACCUCCUCGCCCAGCGCCAACGUGAGCGGCGUCAAUAUCACCAUCCCGGAACACUCCUCCCACGUGAGCGAGGAGCCGUCAAAGUAUUCCCAAUCCAAGUCCCAGUCCUACGGAGGAAUGCCAGGGCUCGCGGCAGCGGCAGCCGCGGCCGCCGCCGCUGGCAGCAGCGGCGCCGCCGCACCCGCGGCGCCUGGUGGCGGCGCCGGCGGCGCCGCCGACGACGCGAACGUGGCGCUUGCCUUUGAAAGCAAGCUGUACAGCCUGACGCGCAGCGCGGUGGAGUGGCACGCAUCGGACCGGGCUGGCGGCGGUGCCGGCAACGUUGGCGCCGGCUUCAGCCCCAGCGUCGGCGGCGCGCUGGCGGCGCUGGAGGAGGAGGAGCCAAUAGGCGUGUCGACACUGGACGUGCCGUUGUUCGGCCGCGUGUCUCCGCCGACCAGUCUAGGCAGUGGCGACGGCGGCGAGUCGAGGCUAGUGGCGGCGCUGCGGAAGUCGUCGGCAACUGCGCGGCGAACGGUGCCGGCAGCGCCGCCAGGGCCGGGGCCAGGGCCUAUGUCCAGCAGCCGCGACUGGCAGCAGCCGCCGUUGGCGUCAGCUGUGUCGGCGGCUGGGGCGUCAGUGUUGAUGUUGGCGUCGCCGGAGGGAGCCCCCUCGUCUGCGGUCAGCUCACCGCCGACUAUGGAGCGAGGCCAGGCGGCACAGCAGCCGCGGCUGCUGAGCAACAAGGGUAGCGCUGGCGGCGGCGGCCUCCAAGACGGAGUCAAGGUCGGUCCGGGGCCAUUCUCGCCAUGGCAACCGGACGGCGGCGGCGGCGGCUCAAUCUACUCGCCGAGCCGCCGGUCGGGCAUGCCUCCCUUCCUCCUGUCCGCCGCUGCCGCCUUCUCAAAGGGCCUGCAGGCGUUCAGCCGGAGCCACCACCGCAACCAAGACGGCCUCGACGGCACCGCCGCCAUCCGUCGCUCCGGCACGGACCCGACGCUGUCGGCCCAGGGCGGCGCGCCCACUGCCUUCGCGCCCGGCCCCUCGCUGCGCUACAUGCAGACCGACUUCACCGACGCUGCCGCCGGCCGCGACGGGCUCCCCAGCCCUGACUGCUUGCAGCGCGGCUUGGCCGCCAUCGCCGCCGAUGCGCUGGCAUCGCCGCCGCUUGAGUUAGGCGAGCGUGGAGAACCGCAGGCGCUGGCGCAGGUGCAGGCGCUGCAGGGCGAGCAGCGGAUCAGCCGCGGCCGCGUGCACCUGCUGUGGAGCAGCGGCGACACGGUUGGGAGCCGGGUGGCGGCCUCCGGUGGCGCGCCGCACGGCACAGCGGCGGCGGCGGCGGUAGGGGGCGUGUCGCCUAGCCUGGACAGGCUGGCCGUCAGCCCCGCCACCACCGCCGUGACUGCCACCACUGUGGCGUUGCACCUGUCUCCGGGCGGCUCCUCGCGUGACGUCGGUCCGCCCACCGGCAACUACGCGGCGGCGUUGAGUGGCGGCAGCGGCGCCAUCCACAGCCCUGCAGCGGCUGUACUGAACGGUGGCGGCGCGGGCGGCGUAGGCGGCGCGGCCGGCGCCUGGGUUGCACGGAACAUGGUCACGGGCUCGCCACCGCCGCCGCAGGCCCUCAUUCCCUCGCACCUGCUUCCGGGCGACACCCAGCUCGCGCACUACCGCCUGCUGCUCGCGCAGCAACAGGCCCACGCCCUCGGCCCGCACCACCCGCAUCCGCACUUGGUCGGCUCAGCCGCCGCCCACCACCACAUCCUCCUCAGCUCCCUGCCCGCCUCCACUGACGCGUCCUCCGCCUACCCGCACACCGCCAGCGACAUCUGGAACACCGGCACCCCAGCCGCCGCCGCCGCCGCCGCCGGCACAGCAGGCGGCAACGGCCGCAGCCGCAGCGCCUCCGGCCUGCCUGCGAUCCGCGUCACCAGCGGCGUCAGCAACGCUGCCGCCGCCUCCGCCGCCACAGCCUCCGCGUUGGCGGCGGCAGCGGCGGAGGCGGACGCACGCCUCGCCCGCGAGCUGGCGGCCAUAUGGACCACCACCUCCAUCAGCGGCGCCACUGAGCACGCCACCUCCAUGUCACACCAGGGCCCCGGCAGCCUCCUGUCUUCCUCGCUAGCGGUAGGCCUGGCGCUGGGCGCUCCAAGCCUCGAUGACGGCGAUGGUGGUGGCGGCGGCGGUGGCGGUGCUGGUGGUCUUGGUGGUGUUGAUGGCGGCGGCGGCGGCGGCGGUGGUGUUGGUGGUGUUGGUGGUGUUGGUGGCGGCGGCGGUGGCGGCGGCAGCGGGCCGCCCUCGGCGUCGACGGCGCGGAUUCUGCCGGGUGGCCGCGAGGCUGCAGGGCAGGUGCUGUCCGCGGUGCAGGAGGUGCCGGAGAGUGACGGGGUGGGCUCAGCGGCGGCGCUGAACAGCGACAGCACCUUCAGGCUCCCGGCGGGGGACCCCGCCCGCUGGCGCGGAAGCUUCCAGUCCGUGCCUGAGGGAGUGCGGGUGGGCCGGCCGUCUGCGGACGCCGGUGCCGAAGGGGGCAGGACCGCGGAGUCGCAGCAGCAUGAGGAGGAGGAAGAGGAGGAGGAGGAUGCGGAGAAGCAGUGCGCGCCGCCUCCGUCGCCGGAGCAGCAGCCCCAGGACGAGCCGCAGCCUGCUGGCGCAUCGCCCACGCGUUCUGCGGCCUCCAGGGAGUCAUUGGUGGCUGGCUCACCGCGGUUCGGCAGCGCCGGCGCUGUCGCCGGCCUAAGCAUGCUGGGCAACGCCUACGGCGGCUCGUCGGCAGGCAAUCGGCUGAUGGCGGCGGCGGCGGCGGCGCGCGGCAGCAGCAACGCCGGCAACGGCUCCACAGCCAUGUCCUUCGACAACUGGGCCGCGGCCGACGACGGGCUGGUAAUGAUGCUGCUCGGCGGCAGCGCCGCCGCGAGCGACCUUUCGAUCGAGGCACGCAGCAUCCGCGGCCCCGGCUCGCGCACGCAGCCGUUCGCCGCGUGGGCGUCAGCGCCGGCGCCGACAGCGACGACUGCGAUCACGGCCAGGGCUGGGCCCACGCCGCAGGUCCUGCCAACGGCCUCCGCCUCCUCCGGCCUCAAUGGCCGCGGCGCCGCCGCGGCAGCCCCUGGCGAGGGGAUAAGCCGGUUCGCUUCAAGUACGAGCCGCAGCGGCAGCGCGGCCGUUACACGGACCGGCCAGCAGGAGCCGAGGCUGCCUUACUCCCGCCUAGGCGCAGCCGUAGGCCUGCCGGCGGCGGCGGAAGGCGCCGAAGCGGCGGCACCGGCGGCGCCCCUCUCGUCACCGUCGCCGCUGCGGGACCAGAGCCGCACCAUUGACAGCAUGCCGCUUAGUAGCGGCGUCAGUGUGGUGAGCGCCGGCAGCUUCAGCCGAAGUCCGCGUGGCUUGGCAUCAGCUGGCGUGGCGGCGCCCGCCGCCGCCACCGCCCUCGGCGGCGGCGCCUUCACCGUAGGAACCCCACACGGCGUCGCCACCGCCGCCGCCCGUUCGGUCAGCGAUAAGGGCCUGUUGCAGCAGCUCGCGGCCGCCAGCAGUGGCUCCUGCUCGGCUCCGCAGCCUUACAUGGGCGCGAUGCAGCAGGCACCUGGCGUGGCUCCGGCGUCUCACCAGGAUGACGUGGCAGUAGCGCCCUCAUGGCUCACCGCCGCCACGGCUGCGGCGGAGGCCACGGCCGCCGGCGUGCCGUCGUCGCCGCCGGAGCACACGGUCCUGAGGCCCCCGGGUCAGCAGCAGGCGCGGUCCCGCCACCCGGUGCUGCGGCAGCGGUCCGUGCCGCACCUCCCGGUGCACAGCUACAUCGGGCCGGCGCAUCAACAGCAGCUGCACCAGCAGCAGCAGCUACAGCAGCAGCCGCUGUACCCGAUGCCGCACAUGGCGAUGCAGCAGGUGGAUGGCCGCAUGGCUGCCUACCUACAGCCCAUGCAGCCCAUGGGGGGACAGCCGUUCCCCGGCAUGCAGCAGGGCGUGCCGCCGGGCCUCCUGCUGUUGCCGCAGGCGCCCCACCACCACCAGGCAGGACAAUCGGCGCUGCAGCUACAGCAGCAGCCCCAGCCGCCGCUGUACCUAGUGCAUUCCGGCAGCGGUCCCCGCUACCCGGGCCACCGUGUGCCCUCCCGCUCACCCUCGGUGCCCAGUUACAUUGGUGUCCCGGCCGCUCAGCAGUCGCUGCUGCUGCCGGGGGCCGGGGGCGUGGGCGGCGGUGCGGCGGUACCGAGCGGCGGUUUGGGCCCAAGCCGGUUGAUGAUUGGCUCGAGCGGCAUUCCGCACGUGCCUUUGCCGGCGCCAGGUGCCGGCAGAGGCAACAGCGGUGGCGGCGGAAGCAGCAGCGGCGUUCACGCCGUGGCAAUGCAUGGCGGGCCCGCCGGCGGCAGGCUCGGAGGCGCUGGUUCACCCGGCGGACUCCCCGCCGCUGUGGGGCAGCCCCAGCGGCACGAUGUGCGUCGCACGAGCUCGAUGGGCCGAAGCCGGCUCUCAGCUGCCUCAUUGCCUGGCAGCGCCAGCAGCGGCACCCGCUCCGCAAACGCCGCCGCCGUCGCCGCAGCCGCCCUGCAAGGUGAUGGUGCGUUUGCCCCGGCCAUCGCGGCCGCGCGCUCCACCGUCGGCACCGCCGCAGGCAACAAGGCAGGCUCCGGUCUGACAGCCGCCACCAUGACUGGCAGCAGCGCGCAGAAGCAACAGCAACACCAGCAGCAGCCUGACAUGGCGGCGCUUCUGCUGACAAAUGCAUCCAGUUUCGAUGGGGCGCUGCAGCAACAGCAACUGAUGCAUGUGGCCAAUAUCAGCACAGCCAGCAUUGGCAGCACAGAGGGGCGGCUGCAAUCUUGGGUAGCCCCGGCCACAUACCAGGCUGCCCCCGCGGCUGCUGCUGCUGUCAUUUCCGCCGCGCCCUCAUCGGGCGCAGCUACUGCCGCCACAGGCGCGGGCGCUGCUACUGCCGCGUAUUCGAUGGCUCCCAGCCCGCUACCGCUGGAUGGGGUUGCUACAGCCGGGGGCGCAGGCGCUGAGCUGGAGAGCUACAGCCACCUGCUGCCCAUGCGCGACAGCCAGGUCCGGCUUGCGGAGCUGCUGCCAAUCAGCGUCCUGGGUAGCAACGCCGGCCCGCCACCAGCAGCCGACGAGCCCACGCCGCCUGCGGCGGCGGCAGCUGCCGCGGCACCUGCUGAAGCCGGGCGGCGCCCGCCGCCCGCGCGCCACGCCUCAAUGGACCAGCUGAUCCUGCGGCAACAGCAGCAGCAGCUGGUGGCGGUGCGCCGGCUACAGCCAUCGCCCUCCUCCAACGCCCACCGCAAGCUCAACCGCCGCCGUAGCUUUGGGCAAUCGGCAGAGUACGUCCCAAGCCGCUUCAGCCAGGAUGGGAAGAUAUCGCGUGGCAGCGGCGCAGCCUCGGGAGCGCAGGACGCUCGGAGCCCGACCGAGCGGGAUCCAUCCGCCAGCGUACAUCUGGAGCUUUCCGCCAUGACGGCAGCGGGCGCAGUGAUGACUGUGGGCUCCGCGGGCAGCAGCUCACGCCGCCGCAACAGCAGCGUGCCAGGCUCCACUCGUGACCCCGGAGCGAGGCAGGCCAUGGGUCCUGCGCACGCCGACAGGGCUAGCGACACAGGCGCCGCCGUUGGGCCCGGCGGAGGCUGCAGCGGCAGCAGGCGCGGCGCGUCUACACCUGGGGCGCCGGCGGUGCAGGCUCAAGGCAUGCGCACGAGCGCAACAGGCGGCAACUACCGGAUCUCUGCGGAGGGCUCGGUCACCAACACCUUCGCCAGCACAGCCUCGCUGCAGAGCUUUGCGGACGUGGCUGGAGACGCGAACUACAGCCACUUCUUCUGAGCUUGCUCCCGGCUUUUUUUCACGCACGCACCCGGAUUCUCCUGCACCUCCAACUGCUUCUGAGAGACGGUCGUGCAGUGCACUGGAAAGCACGUGAGUGUCAGCCGCGUCCGCGGCAUGCUUGAGCUGGCACAAACACUCGGUGCGCCUAGAUUUGCAAGAGGUUGGUGCGGUUGGUGCGGUUUGUGCGGUUGGUGCACCCAGGUGCCAAUGGGCGGGUUUUGCGCCGUUCAGACGGGAGGGGCGGGCGGCAUGCAUGGGUAUAUCAGCAGAACGCCUCGACGGGCUGGAUGGCUCGUAUCUAGCAACCUCGCCGCAUUCUUUGAUAUAUCCUUGUCCUGCACAAGCUCUAGGCCAGGCCAAUUGUGCAAAAAAGAGCACUCUUUGACGGCACAGUGCGCUGCCGUAUGCGGCGCAUGGCCGGGCGCUCCAACUGCUCCUAAACGUUAGCGUGCUACGUAAAAGCUACAAUUGACUUCGCAAGAAGCAUGCACUGGCCGUCAUGGACUUUUCAACAAAACAGUGGAGGGGUACGCGGGCUUCGUGCAUGAAUGGUUCGUUGCAGAGUGGAACCCUAGCUUGCCAGGUUCAAUACAUUACUCCGGCAAUGAGAGUACAAUACGGUUGUGCGCGCACGCGGAUUUCCUGAUAUGCGCAAGUGAAUGAGGCGCCCCGGACUGCUGUCCACGGCACGCAAUGCGUAGCAAGCGAUGGAUGCAAGACCUUGCUGUGAGCCCGAGCCGUAUGGCCUCCUAAAGUACAAUUUAUCUUUUCAUGAUGGUUGGUGCAAAAUGGCUUGCAUCCCCGCGAGGCGGCCAAGCCAUUUAACCCCACUACAUGUGCCAACCGGUAAGGAGUUCAAUGUCCCGUCGUACUGCGCUGUUGGCUGUAUCCAAGCAUACUCCCAUGACUGAUUGUGAUCACCAUGAUGUCGUUUGAAUUGGCAAGCUUCGCUGAGAGGAGAUUCGGCCUGCCUUCAUUACCGCGGCCGUGAGAAUCAAUGCAUUUCAGGGGAGGUGCUCCCCUGGUGCAUGCAGUUGCUGGCAAGGUUGUGGGUUACUGCGAGCGGACGGCACUUGAACUGCACGGUUGUAUUGUUUUGCGCCGCGGCACAGAGCUUGGAUGUGUUCCACUUUUACGUUGCAUGAUAAAAUGGGUCGGGGGGUUGAGACGCACUGCAGAGAGCGCGGUGGGCCCGAGGGCUUUAGGUGGCAGACGCUAGGCUGGGCGUGUCAUCAGCAGGAGCUGUCGGCGAGCGAGGGAAGCGUUUUGGUGUGGGCUACGUACGAUUCAAUACGAUCACUGUAAAGCCGUCACCAU